AUGGAUGAUGUCUCUGUGCCCCAGUCUCUGUGCCCCAGUCUCUGUGCCCCAGUCUCUGUGCCCCAGUCCCCAGUGCCCCAGUCUCAGUGCCCCAGUCUCUGUGCCCCAGUCUCAGUGCCCCAGUCUCAGUGCCCCAGUCUCAGUGCCCCAGUCUCUGUGCCCCAGUCUCUGUGCCCCCCAGUCUCUGUGCCCCAGUCUCUGUGCCCCAGUCUCUGCUGUGCCCCAGUCUCUGUGCCCCAGUCUCUGUGCCCCAGUCUCUGUGCCCCAGUCUCAGUGCCCCAGUCUCUGUGCCCCAGUCUCAGUGCCCCAGUCUCUGUGCCCCAGUCUCUGUGCCCCAGUCUCUGUGCCCCAGUCUCAGUGCCCCAGUCUCAGUGCCCCAGUCUCUGUGCCCCAGUCUCUGUGCCCCAGUGCCCCAGUCUCAGUGCCCCAGUCUCUGCCCCAGUCUCAGUGCCCCAGUCUCUGUGCCCCAGUCUCUGCCCCAGUCUCCCCAGUCUCUGUGCCCCAGUCUCAGUGCCCCAGUCUCUGUGCCCCAGUCUCAGUGCCCCAGUCUCUGUGCCCCAGUCUCAGUGCCCCAGUCUCUGUGCCCCAGUCAUCUAA